AUUCAAAGAAUCGAGGGCACUUCCGUAAUUUCGACGACUGAGAAACACAGAAACAAGGAGAGCUCGAAUCAGUUCGCGCCAUCGCGGACCUCAAAUCGCCGGUAUCAAGAAAAAAGCAAAGCCAACCCAAUCUGCAGCAGCAUCUAUCCCAGUCGAGGUUCUUGAGCUCAAAGAGUACACAAGAGGUUAGGGUUUGAAGACAAUUGUGUGCGGAGUCUUGUUGAUUGAUGGAAUAAGCACUGUUUUAGAUGGCGAACACCAAUAACAAUUCAAUGAAGAACGUUGGUGCUCCGACCCAAACCCAAACUCCUUUUGGCGGUAAUGCGGGGAUAAACCACCAGUCCCAUCUCCUCUCACAGACACAAUCUCAAACACAUGGUGGGUCUAUCUUUUCGGGACAUUUUCAGUUGUCUGAGCCUCAGGCUCAGGCGGUGGCUCAGGCACAGUAUGCUCAGGCUCAUGCCCAAGCUCAAGCCCAAGCGGCUCAUGCUCAAUUCCAAGCUCAAUUGCAGGCUCAAGCUCAAGUUCACCCGUCCCGUGUGCAGAACCCUGGGAGUGGUUCUAUUAGUGCGUCUUCACUUUCUGUUUCGGUGCCAGUAACAGGAGGGGUGAAGAGGGCUCAGCCAAAACCGCCUUCUCGACCUCCUGGUUCUGCUGCUAGCAACACUGGAUUGCCAUUUAAGACUAUGGAGCUAACCCCAGCUGCUCGGAGGAAGAAGCAGAAACUUCCUGAUAAGCAAAUACCUGAUAAGGUGGCUGCACUUGUGCCAGAGUCUGCACUUUACACCCAUUUGCUUGAAUUAGAGGCCCGGAUAGAUGCUGCUCUUGCAAGAAAGAAGAGUGAUAUUCAGGAGUCCCUUAGGGACCCUCCCACUGUUCAGAAAACCCUCAGGAUUUAUGUUUUCAACACUUUUAUCAACCACUUAGGAUCAAACCCGGAAAACGAAAAUGCGGAGCCCCCUUCUUGGGUGCUUAAAUUAACUGGGAGGAUCUUGGAAAAUGUAGUGGAGCCUGACCCAGAUGGGGUGCUCCACAAGCCUAAUUCUUGGUACCCAAAAUUCUCAUCAUUUUUCAAGAGGAUUACCAUUUACUUAGACCAGAGCCUCUAUCCAAAUAACCAUGUAAUUUUAUGGGAGAAGGCACGAUCAUCUGCACUUCAUGAGGGUUUUGAAGUGAAGAGAAAAGGGGAUAAGGAGUUCACCGCUAUGGUGAGGCUAGAAAUGAAUUAUAUGCCCGAGAAACUCAAACUUUCUCCAGUGCUGGUGGAUGUUCUCGGCAUUGAUGUAGAUACUCGCCCGAGAAUUAUUGCUGCACUUUGGCACUAUGUGAAGGUUAAGAAGUUACAGGACCCAAGUGAUCCUUCUAUUUUUGUUUGUGAUCCACCUCUUCGGAAAGUAUUUGGGGAAGAGAAGAUGAAAUUUGCUGUGGUUUCACAGAAGAUAUCACAGCAUUUAUCUCCACCACCUCCUAUACAUUUGGUGCAUAAGAUUAAGCUUUCGGGGAAUUGUCCAGCUGGAACUACUUGUUACGAUGUGUUGGUUGAUGUCCCUUUUCAAUUAGAGAAGGAAAUGUCUGCUUUCUUGGCAAACACUGGGAGGCAUGCGGAGAUUGAUGCUUAUGAUGAUACUAUUACUGCUUCAAUAAAGAAGAUUCAUGAGCAUUGUCGGAGGCGGGCUUUCUUUCUUGGGUUCAGCCAGUCUCCAGUAGAGUUCAUUAAUGCUCUAAUUGCUUCUCAGAGCAGGGAUUUGAAGCUUGCUGCUGGUGAUGCCAGUCGUAAUUCUGAAAAAGAGCAUCGAUCUGACUUUUAUAAUCAAUCAUGGUUUGAAGAUGCUGUUGUUCACUACCUAAACCGCAAGACUGCUGCUGGAAGUGAUGCUAUUGGAAGCACAGCGAUUUGAGAUGUGGGACAGUUUGCUGUCCGUUGUCAAUUGGAUGAUUGCCAGGCAAGAUGGGCAAGAACAACAGAUGGCUAAAUCUUUACCAUUGCUUAAGAGGGUUUUGAUGUUGUAUUGUAAUAUAUAAAUUAGAAAUUCUGCAUUAGUUUGAUGUUUUUAAUUUUGGGUUUGAGAUUUCAGAUUUGCGGAGUGAAAUAGAGCUCUUAAUAUUCUCGAAGCCCCCUUCUUUGGAUCUUUUUUUUUAAAAAUGUUAUGUGCAUUUUAGUAGCACAUUGGAAAUGUUAAUUUGAAACAGUGAACUUUUAAGGAGGUAGGCAAAUUAAUUGUUC